CGGUGAAAAACAAAAUCACGGGAAAGUCAAAACCUCGGUUCUCAGGAAGCACCAAACGUACCUUCCUACCCAAAGCAGGUUUCCCGCCCUCUGGAGCCUAGUAUUCAAGGUCAGCAAGAGCGUUGCCGUUUUGCUCGCCAGUCCUUAGCCUGGGGAAGCGCGACACCAGAGUAGGAUAACAAUUGCGCGAGGUACCUUCUUUCCUACAGACGUAGUCGAAACUUACGUAGUGAAGUGUUUAAAUAAAGUCAGGUUUGACGUCGGAUAGCGUUCGGUAGCGUUAUUAAAAAACAGGAGCUCGAUUACAAAACAUCAGUGGACUUAUGGGCAGAGCAGGGCCCUUGGUGUAGAGGAGAGAAGAGGAGAACCCGUUGUUGGUGCCUUCAAGGGCUUCUUCAUCAAGAUGAAACGAAGACCUACAACGUCCUGCUGGUGCCUCCUGUUUAUGAAUCUCCUAGUGGCAGUGCCCGGCCUUGCUGAGGAUCUGCCCAAAGGUAGAGGCCAGCAUUGCAUCGACAGCGAGUUUGAAGGGGGCCUCAUCAAAGCAAGACGUCCUCUCUUUAACAAGCAACAAAGAGAAAAUCAACAGACAGAGCUUAAAAAAGCAUUCUUGCGUAGAUUCAACAGCAGCUUAAACUACAUGAAACCUUGCUUUCCUGACGAGCAUAAUCCGACUGCGGAGCUUUCCUGUUUACAUUUCCUCGGCGAUAAACAUGUCCAUAUGAAGCACCUACAAAAGGACAACUCUUACUGGUGGUACCCAGCCGUGCACCACAAUCAGAGUGACGAAGAAUUAAAAAACAACUUCGAAAAAUGUAACGGAUAUUUGGGAAAUUUGGAAAGGAAUGUUCCCACGACAAACAACGUUGACAACUGCACGGACAUUUCGUGUCAUCUUCGAUACACCCUCAUCCCAUUCUUACCAUGGAAAUGCCAAGUGGACAAUGAAUUCAGUAGGAAAAUUGAGUUACUGGUGUACUUAUAUAACAUUAAAAACACUUUAUCAAGAAACUGUGGCGAUUUAAUAUGUAACAUAACUAAAAUAGACACUUCAAUAACCAUUUUAAGUUUAAAUAGAGCCACGGAUCAACUUUGUAUAGAAACACUGAAUGAAAUUAAUAACAGUCCCUCUUGCUACCCGGAAAGCAAUGAAUUCUGUUUUUAUGCAUUAAAAGAACGAAACACAAGGCAAUCCUUUGUAUUCAUCAGCAAAGACACUGACACUAUUUCUAAAAAUGAGAAGCUAGUGUACAUUUUACGAAAUUUUACCAAUUUCCAGGGGAAUGGAUCGUGUGAACGCCCUCUGGACUAUACAAUGAAAAUAAUGCAUUUCAACAAAAACCAAACUUACUACUUUUGUUCCAGCCGGUCAAAUGACAAUGCCAGAGAUUCAUGGCGCAUAAAAGAUAUUACGGAGUCUAAGUUUCUAGUAGCAUUAAACGCCAACGUCAGUGUUAGAACCAUAGAAAGUAAUGUGAUCCUUCAGCAAUUACUUUCCAACAGAAACAACAUCAAUACAACAGUAUAUAACAUCAUCUUAAAGUCAAACUACACAUUCGAACACUACACAGACGCAUUCAACAUCAGUGUCUUUAACGCGAACCCCACAGAAAUAAAAGUACUAGAAGACGUUAUCAAGCAGGAAAAAUAUGUCACUAUUACAAGCACAAAAUAUUUUACCAAAGUUGAAAACAAUGAAUCAAUAUGGGGUCACCUGAACUGGAUCAUUUUCCAUUCCUGUUCACAUGAAUAUCAAAAAGACGACAAAGGUCUGUUCCUCUUCCUUUACAAUGGCACCUUAAACUUGGAAUAUAUCUGCAAUGAAAGUACAGCUGUUCUUCUCACCUCCAUCAGAAGAGAAAAUGUUACCUCUCUUAACUCUACAAACUUUGUCCGUGGAUGUUUCGAUCAAGGUAUAAGCCAUAACGAAACCAGCAAAGACUGUAAAGAUAAUCUACAAAGCGGUACAGACUAUGAGACACGAUUUUUCCACUUUUUGAUUUACCCGAGAAACAUAGACAAGCUAUCAGCUAUAAACCAGGCGGACCAAAUAAUGAAAAAUCCUAAUGAAACUGAACUCUUUGAAAAGACAUUUUAUCAGGGGAGCCAUCCUUCAGUUCGAGGCGGCUUUACCAAAAUAGUUGAGAUAAAACCAUCCGAGUUUGAUCACAAGGAGCAGACAAUAUCCCUACAAAAAACGCUGCAAAUACUGAUAAUGGCCAGUCUCUCCGGCAACAAGAAAUGCUUAAAAACUCUUAAGGAAGGUAGUUUUUCAAUUGAUAUAAAUCCAAAUAGUACAAAUGAUAAUUUGCAACCACAACCACUUUACGUGAUUGGUCCAAUUCCAUUUGAUAUCUCUAAUGAAUCUUGUUUAACAAUUCUUCCCUAUGAUGUUUACACUGAUUUGAAUAGAAUCAAAGAAAAUAAAAAGCUACGAGUAAACAAAUUCUGGCCAAUAUGCAUGUACAAUAUGUUGAUUGCAUGGGAUGAAAACACUGAAGGGGUGGUCCUGGAGUGGGAUUAUCUCUCUCCUUCAUGCAAGGCUAUGGAAACUGCUCUCUUCGUUUUCUGUUGUGCCAUUACCUUCAUAACAAUAUUUGGAAACACAAUAGUAAUCACAGUUAUCAUAUUUUCACGCUUAAUUAAGAAGCAUGUGUACAUGAUAUAUACUUCAUUGGCCGUAGCUGACCUACUUCUUGGUGUUACCUCAGCUUCACUAGCGCUUCAUGACACUUAUUACCUUAGGAGUGGUCAACUUACAAUCUAUAACUUCAGUGAUGAGGGACCCUGGGCCCCAUUUGGGACACUUGCUCAUAAUCAACCAAAAGGGUUCCAACAAACUAGAUUUCCGCGACACGGAUGGCCUGGAUUCUGUGCAGUUGCUAUGAAUAUCUCUAUCCUUUCUUCUUUAAUGUCACUGGCUUUACUUGGUACUGAUCGUCUCCUCAUGUUCCUAAGCAUUCUCACUCUCAAAGAUAAAAAGGGAAAUGCAUAUACUGAUAAUCAAAAUGACAUUCAACUUCAUGAACAAAACAACAAGAAUCACAAUCACAAUCCAAUAAGAUUUCGAGACCCUUUUGUCAACACUCGGUACACACAGAUUACCAUCCUCAUCAUAUGGGUUUGGAACAUCAUUUGUGCGUUUUUAAUCAACACUGAAGCCAAUAAUAAUACUCUUACUGGUUUAUUUGAUCCCAUUACAAAGCUAACCUUAAAUACAGGGAAGGGUACGUCUUCUGUGUUCUACCUUCAAGUAAUAGUUGCUAGUAUGGCAGGAAUAAUAAUUGUAACUGCUACCGUCGCAUCUGCGAUCAUUUUCAACAUUCAUGAAUCCAAAAUGCAGAUGAAUGGCAUAACGAUUCAUCAUCCGCAGCGUAAAGAGCAAGUUUAUGUUGUAACUCGAACAUUUAUAAUGAUGGUAAUACUGUUUCUAGUCUCAAGUGUACCAGUAGCUGUUGGUAUAUUAACUAAUAGUUUAGUGUUGGAUUUCUCAAACACCGCUCCAACAUUUCACUUCGUGAUCUGGUGGCUCUUCAUGGCAGGAUCAUCAUGGAAUUGGAUAAUUUAUUGCUUCCGAGGGCAACUUUUCAAGGAAAAGGCAAAGGAAUUUUGUCAAAAUCUAUGUGGUUCACUAUGAAUCCUUGCAUUGAAGAAAUGCUAAAAUCACUAAUAUUUAAGCGGACUUUCCAUAUUCUAUACAGCAGGUAACACCACCACUAAAAUUAAUCACUGCAUCUCAACAUGAAACUGACAAAAAGAAAUAACCAAAGUAUAAAUUUAACCAAAACAACGGAUCAUUUCAUCGACUACAAAGCUAUGUAUUAAAAAAAAUUUUAAACUCACAAUUAUCUGCACCGAUUUUUGCAACAAAAUCUCAUCCACCUAACUUAGAAAUUCAAUUAUUUGAACAUCUUAAGGCUGGAGUUUUCUUUCUACUCGAGGAAAAACUCGUAGGUUCAUCAAGUGUUUACUCAAUACAUAUGAGAUUACUUUCCCCUCAUGUAUUUGUUUUGAGACAAUUCCUGGCGGUAACAAAUGCGAUGCGAAUUACCAGCCAAAAAUUUGACUGAAAAAAAAAUGGUACUUGGUGGUCGAUCAUGAAAUUCUAAUUUGAUGAAAAUCUGGAAAGAAUAUUCAACAUCCAUGUCUGGACCAAACUAUGAAAGAUGAAAAAGGAAAGUUACAAUGUUCCCCAAGUGGGGAAGUGAUAGCAUAAAUGAGCUGCUAACAAUCAAACCCGCACCAAAUCAAAUAUUUACCUAAGAGAAGGUUAUUAAACAAAAAAAGUCAAGAUGAAUACCUGUUCCCUUGUACACAGAAAAAGUGACUGGUGGAUUUCUAUGAAUCCCGUAUGCAUAACAGUACUUCAUUUAUCUAUGAUUCUGACUGAACAUGAGAUAUGACGAAUGGAGUGUCAGCAAAUGCAGCACGAAAGUUGGUGUUGCAUUCAUUUUAUCACAUUGAUAAAAUGAAUGCAACCUGAUUCAGCUCAUAUGUCCUUCCUUUACCAGUAAAUCUCUUUCAGAUUUACUGCAGUGGUCCGUGGUGGUAGGUUAUUGUGACUUGGACCAUCGACGGAUGGUCUCUUGUUUAUAAAAUUUUCAUAUGCUGUAUUUUAACAGCUCUUUCAAUUUCACAAUUGACUCCUGGUCCCUUUUUCUGCCGAAAGCAACCGGAUUUGCUGAACAGCAGCAUCUCAGUUCCAUAGGUCCUUUAUUCGUCACACCGUUGGACUGCGGAGCAGUCUCCCUGAGGAUGUCGUGCAAUGGGAACUUCUUAAGUGCAAGAGAAAAUGCAAUGUAUUACUAUACCCUAGUACAAUUCUUCUUGCGUUUUAAUGAUUUAAUUACAUUUUUAUCGUUACUGAUUUAUAGUAUUUGUUCAUUUGUUAUUUUUUAAUAAACAAUCUCUUCUU